AUUACCAACUCAAGUAGAAGCUUCAUGCACGAAAAAGUUUAGUUUUUCAAUCAAUGAAGCCGUCGUGUGUAGACUUUAAUUACUGAGUCCUAGCUCAGUCACAAUCAUUCACAAGAUCCACACAAACUGUCAGUUGUUCCACAUAAAAAAGCCGUCUUCUUUUGAGCUUGCUAUUUCAUGGUCAAACAUGUAACUUUAAGAGCAUUUGCACCAAAACAUUACCGCAAAGUAGGCUGGGAACAAGCCCCACUACAUAGCUGUCCAGCCAAUGCCUGUAACAAGUGACACCGUUUAUUUCCUGGUGUGCACUGGUCAAUACUGUAAUGCCGCUUGUUGUGGGGAAGGAGAGACUCACGUCGCCGAUGCACUUUAAUGGCUUUAUUAACAGCGGAGAACACUGCAGGACUUUACAUCCACGCCAACAUAAACACACUUCCCAACUCUCUCCAAACUCACAGCUAGCACUGAGCCUAGCUCUCCUGCUCGGGACGCCCGCCGUCACUUCCCGUCACUUCCCGAUGAACUAAAGCUGUAAUGACACUCUGCCGUACAGGUAUACUGUAUAUAGCCCACGAGUGAGAGAGGGCGCUAUUGAGCCAUUAUUCCAUUCACUGUUAGAACAAGUGGAAUCACAACAUACACACCCAUUCAUAGUUAGCAAGCUAAUUAUUCAAUGGCUUCUAAGGCUGUGAAGUCGCAUGGAGGUCGGAAUCAACUCUCGCUUGAGAAGAAGAUUGAGCUCAUCAGGAUGCAUGACAAGGACAAGUUGAGUGCCCGUGCCAUCGCCGUGAAGCUGUCUACCCAGGGUCAUCGAUGCGGGAGGACUCAAAUUCUGAAUAUUCUCAAGCGCAAGCAGGAGUGGAUUGAGGAGUUUCAAAGCAACAUGCCACUUGACCGCAAGAGGAAGGUCAGGAAGACAGCAAAUGAUGAGCUCAAUGCCAUCCUCUACGAGUGGUUUAAGGACAGUACGGCUCGGCAGCUCCCUGUGAGUGGACCGCUUCUGCAGGAGAAGGCAAAGGAGAUAGCAACCCAGCUCCAACUCGAUGAAUUCAAGGCAUCCAAUGGUUGGUUAGACGCCUUUCGUCGGCGUCACAACGUUAUCUUUGGGAAGAUGAAUGGAGAGAGUGGGGGCGUGGAGACCGCAGUAGUUGACGACUGGAAGCAGAAGCUGCGGGAUCUAUGUGACGGCUAUGCCUUUCGUGACAUAUACAACAUGGACGAGACAGGGCUGUUCUACAAGGCAUCCAUCGACUCCACCCUGCAUUUUAAAGGAACAGACUGCUCCGGCGGGAAGCAGUCAAAGGAGCGCAUCACCCUGAUGCUUUGCGCAAACGCCCUCGGGGAGAAAGAGCCAGCCAUGGUGAUCGGAAAAGCAAUCAAGCCGCAUUGCUUUGGGAAGAUCGACCGGAAGGAUCUGCUUGUCGACUAUCACGCUAACAAGAAGGCAUGGAUGACCAGCAAUCUCUUUGAGCUGUUCAUGACGAAUCUCAACAAGAAGAUGCAGCGGCAAAGUAGGAAGAUUCUGAUGCUCCUGGAUGAUGCUCCAUGUCACCCUCACCUGCAGCUGUCAAACAUCAAGCUCAUAUUUCUACCACCGAACACCACCUCUAUCACCCAGCCAAUGGACCAGGGCAUCAUCCAAGCAGCAAAGCUAAAGUUCCGCAAGCGGCAGCUGAGAAGCAUCAUACAUCAGAUGGAACAGGAGCCGAGCCUGACAGCACCAGAACUCAUGAGAAACACAGACAUCCUCAAGGCCAUCUACUGGGUUGACAGAGCGUGGAAGGACACCAGCCCUGAGACCAUCCAGAAGUGCUUUACCAAGUGUGGUGUCGGCCCUCAGGACUUCGAGGCAGGGGCAGAGCAGGUGAAAGCAGAGGAGCCAGGAGAUGAAUUGGAUGCCGUGUGCCAGAAGGAGUUGAAAAUGUCAUUAGAAGAGUUGGUGGGGGCUGAUGAAUUGCUGGCGACUACCGAUCAGAAUCAGGCUACGACUCUGGAGGACUACCAACGACGGCUAGAGAACACAGACAAACCCCAACCCAGCCAACAGGAGCCAAAUCUGAUUAGUUUUUCAGAAGCAUUCAGGAGCCUUGAACAGAUGAAAACAUUGGCGGUCAGCAAGGGAUGCAUUGAGAUGCUGGAUAGGUGCACCGACUUGGAGGAGGCAGUACAGAGGGAGUGUCAGCGUCAAAAGCAGGCGGCAAGGCAGACAUUGAUGUUUGAUUUUUUCAAGAAAGUUUAAGAUCAGCACUCACAGAUGAUAGAUUCAUAUUCAUUCUUCAUAUUCAUCAUUUGAGAAAACUUUAAUUUUGUUCUCUUGCAAUUGAAAUUUGUUCAAAAAUAAUAAACAUAUUUGAAACAAGAAACAUGUACUGGAAUAAUGUUUUAAAUGUAAAGAUGAUAUUAAAACUUUUUUUUAUACAAAACUAGAAUUUUCAGCCAACCAAAUCCAAAUUCAAAAACAAAAUACUGUAUUAAAAACAAACAUAACAAGACAUUACUAAAAGAAUAACAAGCCUAGUAGUGCUUUACAACUUUUAUCCGCAGUCCCACAGUGCCCUCUACUGGUCAACAUUAUUAUUAUUAUUUUUUCCCCCUUUUUUUUUUUUUUCCUCUACUGGUCAAUAUUCAAAUUGGACGCCAACCUGUCUAUAGAGGCCACAUGUCUGUAGCGGCCACUUUUGCAGACUCCCUCUAGUGGCCGCUAUAGACAAGUUUGACUGUAUAUACAGGUACUGUAUAUAUAUAUUUUAUUACCUAUCUACAUAUUUUUGAAAUAUGUAUAACUUCUUAGCCCUCGCUGGAAAAAACGUGGGCAC